AGUGUUUGAUGGAGAUGACAGCAUGGAAUUGUCUAUAUUGUACACUUAUCAAUGAUCCUGCAAUCUUCAUUUGUCAGGGAUGUGGUUCUCAAAAGCCUUUAACGAAAAAACCGGCCAAACUAACAGGAAGCUUCCCAAAAAUUAUCACAGAUACAGUUCGGGACGUUUCAAAUGCUAUAUCUGAUUUGGUAAACAACAGAGAUAGGUCGCCGGCUCAUAAUUUUGUUAGAGCAACUCAUUUUCGAACUCCGUUGCCAAAUGGACCAUUUGUUGAUGGACAAAGCAAUGAUCCAAGAGAUCAUUUUUAUUGUGAAAAUCCCAAAAAACUCUCCAAAUUGUUUGCUUCAAUCCUCAACGGUACGAAAACAUCGACUCAAACGAAUCAGACACUCAUCAACUGUCUAUGUGCUCCAAAAUCACGACUACUUUAAAACAAGAAGCAGAGAAGAAAUCCGACGUUAUCUACAGUAAUAUCAUCAGUUACUGCAAAUCUUCCAAUUCACCCUUCAUCGACGAUAGCUUUCUACAUAACAAAAAAUCAAUUGGUUCCCUUCAGUUCACGAAAAAUGGAGUCAAACGUCACGAAGAACCCGAUUUCCUUAAUUGGCUUCGUCCAUCUCAAAUGUUCACAAAAGAUGGGCGAUCAAGCCCAUGGUCUGUACUCAAUAAUCCACGACCUUCGGAUAUUGAACAAGGAACUUUAGUUGGAGAUUGCUGGCUGAUGUCAGCGAUGGCCUUGAUUGCUGAAAGACCAGAUGUUCUCGAUGAUAUUAUCCCGAAAAAACAAUACUCACAUUAUGGAGUUUAUCAGAUAAAAUUAUGUGUGGAAGGGAAGUGGGAAGUUAUAAUUGUUGAUGAUUUCUUUCCUUGCUAUUCAAAAACUAACUCUAUUGCAAUGGCAGUCGGUCGUCGAAAUCAAUUAUGGGUUCCAUUGAUCGAAAAAGCCAUGGCCAAAGUUUUGGGGAGCUAUUCAAAACUUCAUGGAGCUUCUUUAGCACAAGGACUUUCAAUGCUCACAGGAGCAUCAUGUGUGAAUUACAAUUGUCCACCAAUUCCUAGUAGUGUUGAUGAUGUUGAUACUUUCUGGGCUCAAUUAGUUAGUUCAAAAGAAUCUGGAUUUUUGAUGUGUUGUCACUGUGGAGCAUUUGAAAAUGUAGUGGCUGAGGCAGAAUUCAAAGCAAUGGGAUUACUAACAAAUCAUGCAUAUUCCAUUCUAGAUGUUAUAUAUGAACAAGGCUAUCGAUUACUCCGAAUUCGAAAUCCGUGGGGGCAAUUUGUUUGGAAUGGUAAAUGGUCGGAUGGGUGGCCUGGGUGGCCCAUAGGAAUGAAACAGAAAUUUUUGAAUCAAAGAAAAGACGAAACUGGAGCAUUUUGGAUGGAUUUAGAAGAUUUUGUGGCAAGGUUCGCAUCUGUAACAGUUUGUAAACUGAGAAUGGAUUGGAGUGAGCUUCGUGUCACACACAAAGUUGGUGGACAUUCUGAUACAGCACUUCAGAUUGUGAUUACCGAUACAUGUGAAGUAUCAGUUACGGCAUUCCAAAAAGGAGCAUUCAAUAAAAAAGAUAACUUGAAUGAUCUUAUGGUCUGCGUACACAGAAUAUCUGGUGACAGACGUAUUGGUGAACUAAUAGAAAUGUCUUCUCGGAUCUCUGAUAACCACUUCACAAUCGACGAAUUUUUUUUGGCUCCAGGAGAGUAUCAAAUUGUAUGUCACAGUCAAAGCUCCCUACUGACAAAUAAAAAAGGAGUAGUGAAUAUGGUUGUGCACACACGUUAUCCAAUUUUCGGAGAAUAUAUUCCAAUGUCACCACGAACGAGAAUGGAAUCAUUGCAUCAUGUAAUAAUUAAAGAAGGAGACAUUGUCAAGAACACAAACGAUGGGGUUGUCAUCAGAACUUUGACGAGAAAAUUCAGAGGAAUGAUCAUAAUGGCAGAUAACUGUCUGGAAAAGAAAUACUUGCAUGUUGGAGUCGACUGUUCUCAAUCAAUGAAUAUUCAAUCUUCCCGUGGAUUUCUUCAAGUAGUUGACGUAGUUCCUCCGCUAUGCCGUCAAGUAUUACUAGUUUUGUCAACUAUCGAUGAUUCCGCACAAUACAGAGUUAGCAACAGCCUUAAGACCCUUGUCCAUCGUUCAAAGUGUCUUCUACCAGAAAUGUGGUACGAAGCUGCCAUUUCGGCACCAAACGCUCAACACUAUCCUCUGUUGAACACGUCUUCUUUUGAUCCUAUUCAUUCUACUGUUUCUGUAUUUUAAAUUAGUGUUUAUUUAGCUCACUAUGUCACGAAGUCCAGAAGGACCAUCGAGAAAAAGGAGACACUUCAACGAAAAAUGCCAUAACAUUUCUUAGAUUUUAAAAUUUUAGUACUCAUUUUAUAGUCUCCAUCAUAUUGUAUUUCAUUCUUACUUUUGGUGAACUGUGAAUCAAUUUUACAGCACGGGUUAUACUCGUCAUCUCUAUUAUUUUUUCAACAAAUAAAAAGUAUCCUACUCGGUCC